GUUUGAAGUACUUAUACUGGCAUUCGCCUGGUGCUAGUCAAAACUAUUGCACCAAGAUGGCGCAGGGUCCGUGGUUACAUAAGACGGCGCUGGUGGUGCUAUGGAUAUCUUUGUGUCUUCAGGAUGUGACGUGCCAGUUGAACCCCCAGUUUGAAAGUUUGGUGAGAAAACAGAAAAAGACUUUUGAGGCUGCACGUUCCGUGGGGGAUCGCAAGGAAUUCUUCUCCGAAAGAGGAAUAGAUUUGGACUAUGUCGAAUCGCUCGAGAAAGACAACCAUAGGCUUGCACAGUUCGUGCGAACCCACCUCUCUGAGGCGGUGGAAGGUGCGAGGCAUGUUCAAGUGGAGGACAAACUCUGGUAUGGUUUAGAUGAUGACAGUCUCCUAUCUGAGAGAUGUUUCGAGGACACCAUGCAGUACUUCUCAGAUCUAGACAAGGGGGAAGUUUACGCACAAAGAAUGCGGGCGGCUCAUGGUGACAUCCUGCCAGAGACCCCGAACGUUUUCUAUACUUUCAACAUCAAGGACUAUGGCGACCUAUGGCUCUGUACAUCCAACACAGCCAACAAGACAUCGGGUGUGCCCUCUUUCGAUGCCCAGUACUGUGCAGGUUCUAUCCCUUUCGCAUUCGGAAGUGUGAUGGCUUGGGGUACAUGUUCACCCAAUACUUGCACCACUAAAGAAAUUCAAGCCGUAUCCGACACAAUAUGGACAGCUCUUGGUGUAUCAGAACCAUUCGUUAUCUAUGAAUGUAACGAACCAGAGGAAUGGAGGACAGCUGAUAUUGCAUUUCUGGCUCUGAUGUCAUUCUUUCUGUCCAUGGUAGUGGCGGGCACCUUCUACGAACUCUACAUUCAUAAGAUGGUACUGGUGAAGGUAUUAAGGCAAACGAAGGACAAGCGGGGAGAAGAUGAUCCUGUAGCUGAUUCAUCGGAGAUGUCGACGACAUCCAUCGAUGACCCGGAGGUAAUCGAGGUUGGUUCCGAGGUCAAGGAAAAUGGCGCGAAGUACAAUGGAGGAUUUGAAAAGGGGGAGGACGCUUUAAAGAAUGGGGAAUUACAUCGUGUGCAGAUGACAGAGGAGGCUAUCGUGAAGAAGGAGCAGAAGAAGCCCAAGAUCGAUCUGAAAUGGGCUAUCCUCGACGGUGUCAUGAUGUCCUUCUCGGCCGUCACCAACUGCAGCAAGAUCCUGAGUGCCAAGAAAACCAAAGGAAACCUGGCAGUUCUCAACGGCCUGAGGGUCAUCAGCAUGUUUUGGGUCAUCCUCGGACAUGCCAUGUCGUUUUACAUUGGUCGCCUUAGUAACUCUGGCCAACUCUGGCAAGAAGUACAAUCUUUCGGGUACCUGGCCAUCGUGAACUCAACUUAUUCAGUGGAUACAUUCUUCGUCCUCAGUGGAUUCCUCACCACUUACUUGACACUGAAGCAGAUCGACAGCAAACGACUUGGCAGUGCCUUUAGUUGGUUUGUCUUCUACUUUCAUCGUUGGUGGCGCCUUACGCCAGUGUACAUGGCGACCAUAGGCAUUUGGGCCUUGCUGAACCCGCACUUUGCCCAGGGUGUAUUGACCGAUGAAGUCCAUGAAAUGACUCGAGAGUACUGCGGGAAGACCUGGUGGGCUCACAUGCUGUAUAUCAAUAACUUCUAUCCCUGGCCCAAUGAUCUCGAGCAAACUUGUAUGGGUCAUGCAUGGUACCUGGCAAAUGACAUGCAGUUCUACAUCAUCAGUCCUCUCAUUCUCAUCAUCUUAUACAAGAAUUGGAAGGCAGGUAUGGCUCUUAUUGGUUCCAUCAUGAUCGUCUCGCUGGGAUCAUUGGCUGGUCUCAACUAUUAUUACGGUAUCAAUAUGGACCCAUGGUACCAACAACAGCCAUACAACGACCGUUUAGCCGACUACCCACAACAGGACGUCACCUACGCCAAACCUUACACCAGAAUUCCAACCUAUCUCGUUGGCAUGGUGACGGGUUAUAUCAUCUUCAAACUCAAAGGAAAGAAACUCAAACUUAGGAAGAUCUACGUCCUGGUUGGAUGGGUGUGUGCUCUCGGCACCCUCUUUGCUGUGAUCUACGGUGCUUAUGGCUGUCUCAAUCGCUACAUCGAGCAAUGGGAAUCCAUCAUCUACCUGACGUUUGGUCGUCUAGCCUGGGGAAUCGGCAUCGCUUGGAUCAUCUUCGCUUGUCUCCUUGGAUACGGGGGUCCUAUUGGAGUGUUGCUUGACUGGUCUUUCUGGAUUCCCAUGGGCCGUCUGACAUACUGUGCUUACCUGAUUCACCCCAUCUUAAUAUACAGCGCCAUCACUUACAACAAGACCCUCUUCCAUAUAGACUACAUGUCACUCAGCUUCUUCUUUGUGGGGUGUCUCGUGUUCUCUUACGUCUCAGCUUUGGUCAUGUCCUUGGUCUUGGAAAGUCCACCUAUGGGGUUGGAGAAGGUCAUGUUCGGAAAAUUCAAGACGAAGUAGACAAUCUGCUAACAAGACGAAUCUCUUAUAGCAGAUAAAAUUUAUCGGGGAGGGGGAUAGAUAGAUAUAGCAUUACAUAUAAUUGAAAACACCAGGGGGGCGUUUCACAAAACUGGUCAUCAGUGACAUAUGACAAUUUUUGAUAUAAGCUACUGAAAUGCUUGCUUCUUAUUGGUUAUCAGCAGAUUUGUUACUGAUUUUUGUCAUUUGUCAUUGAAAAAAGGCUUUGCGAAACGGGUCCCAGGACUAUAUUCCUUCUUUGUACUUUGUGUAUGAAAUUAAAUCAUAUGAUAAAAACAAGUAUUAUGUCCUUGGUCUUCGAAAGUCCACACAUAGGACUGGAGAAAGACAUGUUCGGAGAAUUCAAGAAGAAGUAGAUGAGCUGCCAACAAAAACUACCCCCCCCCCCCCAAUUCCGGACGAGCAGCAUUGGAUAACUAUACGCUUAUUCUAUUACCCCCAUGAGAGGUAUCUCUUUCUCUUUUUACAAUUAUAUGUAUUUUUCUGAGGGUAAUUUGGGUAAUUUCGAAGGUGAUACAAUCGCAGGAUAACUGUCUUAGGGAGUAAUUGCCCGAGGGUAUAGUUGUCCGGAUUUUUAUUGUCCCGAUAAUUUGUCACAUUAUUAAGAUAUUGCUAAAGAAGAUUUUACUUAAGUUCCAUUUUACUGAGGAUAAUAAGGUACAAUCAAAUUCCACUGCAUCAAUGAAUUCAUACCUUAAUAAUAUUUCAUUAAAGUCGUUUACCUAGAAUGGAUUAAUGCUCAUGUACUUUAUACUAUUCUCUUACGGUUAUGUUAGACAUUGUAAACAACGAUGCUCUGUUGCUCACAUAUACAUGGCUUACUGUGAAAUAUACAACGAUUAACAAUGAAUUGCUCACAAAUGUCCUCUUUAUAACUUUAUAACUGUCCACUUUAUAAUCACUCCAAACCUGUUUAUUGACAAUAAAUUAAAUAAUAAACUUAAAGCAGAGGUUACAUUCAAACCUUGUCCUUCAUCUCGCCCAUGUUAUUUAACCCUGUUUUUGUUUUUGUGUAGUGUUUUUGUAUAAUCUUACAUAGGGACAGAAAAUGUAUUAAUUACAAGAAGGCCUAUGUUCUAGUAAUAAACAGCAGAAAGCAAAUAAAUGAGUGUCUUGAUAAACAAA